GGUGCAAGCUAUGCAUUGAUUCAGGCGGGGUCUGUGGUUAUAAUUCGUCAAAGUCGACUGAUCCCAUUUGCUUCUGCCCCAAUAAUACAGCACUUGGGAGUUGCCCUUAUGGACGGAAAACAGAGGAAAGUUCAAAGACCGGUCUUAUAAUUGGUGUGAGCAUGGCCGGAGGAUUUAGCUUCAUCAUGUUCUGCUUCCUCUGCUUUCUCAUCUACAGACGCUGGAAGAAGAAGCAGUCCUCUCGCUCCAACUUCUCUGACCGAAGCACCUCUUUUGCCCUGUCCUCCAAAACUGACCCUGAGCUAGCCUCCUCCUUCUACACUCCCAUUUUCACCUAUGACGAGCUUUAUAAAGCAACCAACGCCUUCAAUGCCUCCGAAGAAGUUGGCGACGGCGGAUUCGGUACUGUUUACAAAGGCAAGCUGAAAGAUGGCAGAGUGGUUGCAGUGAAGCGUCUCUAUGAAACCAACUACCGACGUGCCGAGCAAUUUAUGAAUGAGGUUAAGAUUGUCUCCCUGCUACGCCACCAGAAUCUCAUCAGCCUCUAUGGCUGCACCACCCUCCAUAGCCGCGAGCUCCUCCUAGUAUACGAAUUCAUCCCCAACGGCACCGUUGCCGACCACCUGCACGGCUCUCGGGCAUCCGGUUCAUUUCUCCCAUGGAAAGUAAGGAUGCGCAUUGCCAUUGAAACAGCCGAUGCUCUCAACUAUCUCCACUCCAUCGAGCCACAGAUCAUCCACCGCGACAUCAAGACCAACAACAUCCUCCUUGACAACAACUUCCAUGUCAAGGUUGGUGAUUUCGGUCUGUCAAGACUCUUCCCGCUCGACGCCACGCACGUGUCAACUGCUCCACAGGGAACGCCCGGCUACGUCGAUCCAGAGUACCACAAAUUCUUUCAGCUCACGGACAAGAGUGAUGUGUACAGUUUUGGAGUGGUUUUGAUGGAGCUCAUAUCUUCCAUGCCCGCAGUGGAUAUUAACAGGGAGUUGCAUGAAGCCAGUCUAGCCUACAUGGCAAUAAAGAAGAUACAAAGGCAGGAGUUGCAUGAAUUUGUGGAUCCAAGGUUGGGUUACCAUUCAGAUUCCGAUAUAAACGGUAUGAUCACUCAGGUGGCAGGGCUGGCAUUGCGGUGCUUGCAGACAGAGAGGGAGAUGAGACCUGGCAUUAAAGAGGUGUUGGAGAUUUUGAGAGAGAUAGAGAAAGCUGCUUGUGAGGCUGAGGGUUGCUUGGACGUAGAUGGUGCAGUAGAAAAAGAGGAAGCAUGUUUGCUGAAGAACAUCCCUCCCUACUCUCCUAAUUCGGUUGCGGAGAGAUGGGUGAGCACCUCGUCAUCCAUGUCCAGCUUCUCUGGGUGAGAUUGUCCGCUAAUCUUCAAUUACAAAUUUCUUCAUUACCGUUUUUUUCUUAAUUCAUUGUGUUCUUUGAGUUGAUUAUAGU